AUGAGCAUUCUAAAGUCAUCACCUACACCAGCAAUGCCGUCUCAAAACAAUGGUAGCCAGUUACGGCUGAGGAAGAGAGACCGAUUGUUUCUUGGGUCUAUUUUACACUUUAUAUCGCUUGCAUACGAAUACUUCCGUCAAUUUUUCUAUUUCCGGCCUCUUGCACUUACUUAUACCAAUAGCCGGCCUGCGACCGUCAACCGAGCAGCUUUACAAUAUUACAAAGGCAAGACAUUGGUACUAGAUCUCGAUGAGACCUUGGUACACUCGGUUCGACUGGGUUCCCCCGAGUCAGGCUGUAGUAUCAAUGGCUCGGUGAAACGGAAGACGAUUGAGGUCCAGAGCGAUCGCCAGAGUCUGCUCUAUGAGGUCUACAAACGGCCGCACGUGGACUUCUUUCUCAAGACGAUCAGCCAAUGGUAUAAGGUUGUAAUAUAUACUGCCUCAAUGGCCGAGUAUGCAAACCCUGUAAUUGACUGGCUGGACCAGAGCCAGACUGUCAUUUCUCAAAGAUACUUUCGACAGGCAUGUAUUAUUCAGGACGGUAACUUUCUCAAGGAUAUCUCUCUUGCCGAGCCUGAUCUAUCAAAGGUCUGUUUGGUAGACAAUAGCCCUGCUGCAUUUGGUCUUUUUCAAGAGAACGGGAUUUCAUUACCAGGGUGGAUAGCCAACCCCAACGACGAAUGUCUUUUGGAUCUAUUGCCGAUUCUUG